AUGGACGUCGGCCUGAACAUCAUCGUACUGAUCGUGCUCUAUUCAACGCUGGCAGUGACUGGUCUGCUCGGCAACAUCUGGGUGCUGAUCACGGUCUCGUCGCAGUUGCUGGGCUGCUGCGGAUCAUCAGGACAUCGCGGGCGCAUCGUCAAGCCGAACACGCAGAGCUCGGCCUACAUCUAUCUGUUGCUCCUGUCCGUGGUCGACCUAAUAUCGCUGAUCCCGGUGCCGAUGCUGGUCGCCGAUCUGCAGGAGAACGAAUUCAUUUUCGGGAUUGCUCUCUGUAAACUGCUCUGGUUCAGCGAGGGCACCAACAAGACCCUGUCGCCAAUGAUCCUCACAGCUCUAUCGAUAGACCGAUACAUAGCCGUUUGUAAACCCGCUCUGAUCUGGAUGCGACAAACGAAGUUCGCUCUUUUUGUGGUCUCUAUCUGCAUCAUGGCUUCCUUGCUUUUCAUCGCUCCAAUAACAGCACAUGCGAAAAUCGCCGAUAUGCCGGAUUCCAAAGGCAUGGAAUACAGAAAAUGUACUCUGGGCGAGAACCUCUGGUUCGAUCUCGUUCACACGCUCACCUGCUAUGUCGCUCCACUUCUACUCAUAUUCUCUGUCUAUAUUGUGAUCUUGGUCAAGCUAUUUCGGCACACGAGAUUCUCGACCGUCGGGAGAAAAACUAGCAUCUCGCUGUCUAGAGUGGUCAAGUGCUCUGUGCUAGUCGUCGCUUUUUACUUUAUUUGUUGGACUCCGUAUUGGACGAUGCGUAUUCAGGCUUUAGCAAAUGGUGAGCGAUUUUGUUUACAUUUUUUGGGUUGGUUUUGAAG